GCGGUUACAGGUGAUGGUGUGGGAGCUGUCUUCGCGGUAAAAUGAGGAGCCAAAGGUCGAAGGGGGAACGAUUUCUCUGGCUGAUUGGUUGAAAGAUAUGACUGACGACAUGCUGAAUAUUAUCUGGAUGCUGGAGGAGGGGCCGGAUCCCCAACUCGAAGCCUGCAUCGAUUGGAGGAAGGCUGAUGGCAUGAUGUCCGCUUGCUAUGCCCUCUUCACCGAGGGUCGCAACCUGUGCUAUAUGCUUGAGGAGCGGCUUGAGGGCGAUAACGAUAUGGAGGAUGAGGUCUGCCAGGAGGAUGGAGCGAACGAAGAUGAUGAAAACCCUGGCGUCAGCAUCAACAACAACAAUAACAACGACAACAACAACAACAACAACAGCAACGUCAACAACAACGGCCACAACGACAACGACAACGUCGACAACAGCAACUACAAUGAUGGCAUCAACAACAACGUCGUCAUCAAUAGCUUUAACGAAGACAGCGCGGUCGUGGUUGACGGUAAAUGCAUCAAUAAGGACAACAACAACAACAACAACAACAACAACAACAACAUCAACAGCGAGACCGGCAGCAGUGACAGUGCACUCAUUUUCACCAUCAGUAUGGUGAGUGAGAUGCCGGGUUCUGACGUGGACAGUGGGAAUGUGAUUGGGGCUGAAACAAAGUGGGAUUCUAUCCUUCCUCCCUUCAAUCUCAAUAUGGAAUUGCUUAUUGCUGUCCGGUUCAGGGCGGGGGUAGGAUAGGCGAAGGGGAUUGAAAUUGCACGGCCUGCAACUUCAAUUGAGAAGGGCGAUCUGCCUCUGCUCGGCAUCAUAACGGA